AUGUUUAGAGCUGUGUCGAGACGUGGGUUUUCCUCCUCCAGCUAUUUAGCUGCUAUCAAGAAGCAGCACGAUCUGGUAAUCAUCGGUGGUGGUCCAGGUGGUUAUGUGGCCGCUAUCAAGGCUGCGCAGCUAGGGUUGGACACUGCGUGUAUCGAGAAGAGAGGCAGUCUGGGUGGUACCUGUUUGAAUGUUGGUUGUAUCCCAUCCAAGGCUCUGUUGAACAACUCCCAUUUGUACCACCAGAUCAAGUCUGACACAAAGAACCGUGGUAUUGAUGUUAAGGGUGACGUUGAGAUCAAUGUUGAGCAAUUCCAAAAGGCAAAGGACACUGUGGUUAAGCAAUUGACUGGCGGUGUUGAGAUGCUGUUCAAGAAGUAUAAGGUCAACUACUACAAGGGUGUGGGUAGCUUUGAGAGUGAAAAUAGCGUGAAAGUUACUCCAGUCGAAGGCAUAAAGGGCACUGUCGAGGACGAAACCAUUAUCGAGGCAAAGAAUAUUAUUAUCGCCACUGGUUCUGAGGUGACUCCAUUCCCAGGUAUCAAGAUUGAUGAAGAGAGAAUUGUUUCUUCGACUGGUGCAUUGUCUCUAAAGGAAGUUCCAAAGAGAUUGGCCGUUAUCGGUGGUGGUAUCAUCGGGUUGGAAAUGGGUUCUGUCUACAGCCGUUUAGGUUCUAAAGUCACUGUUUUAGAAUUCCAACCAAAGAUCGGUGCCUCAAUGGACGGUGAAGUUGCCGCUACUUCUCAAAAAUUCUUGAAGAAGCAAGGCUUUAACUUUAAACUAUCCACUAAGGUCGUCUCUGCCGAAAGAAACGGUGAUGUUGUCGACAUUGUAGUGGAGGACACUAAGUCUGGUAAGACUGAAAAUAUCCAGGCCGAUGUACUACUAGUGGCUGUCGGUAGAAGACCAUACAUUGAAGGUUUGGGCGCCGAGAAGCUUGGUCUAGAAGUCGACAAGAGAGGACGUCUAGUCAUUGAUGAACAAUUCAGCACAAAGCACCCACACAUCAAGGUUAUUGGUGAUGUUACAUUCGGUCCUAUGCUUGCACACAAGGCUGAAGAAGAAGGUAUUGCUGCAGUAGAAUAUAUCAAGAAAGGCCACGGCCAUGUCAACUAUGGUAACAUCCCAUCUGUCAUGUACACACACCCAGAAGUUGCCUGGGUAGGUAAGACUGAGGAACAAUUGACCGAAGAGGGUAUCAAGUACAAGGUUGGUAAGUUCCCAUUCAUUGCCAACUCUAGAGCUAAGACCAACAUGGAAACUGAAGGUUUCGUUAAGAUCUUGAUCGAUGCUGAAACUGAACGUAUGCUUGGUGCUCACAUUAUUGGUCCAAAUGCUGGUGAAAUGAUUGCUGAAGCUGGUUUAGCUCUAGAAUACGGUGCCUCAGCUGAAGAUGUCGCAAGAGUAUGCCAUGCUCACCCAACUUUAUCUGAAGCAUUCAAGGAAGCUAACUUGGCCGCUUUCGACAAGCCAAUCAACUUCUGA